AUGGCUGGAUGGUCGAUGGUAGCAGACGAAGAAGAAGCCGUCGAUUUCUACAAAACUCCGAAGAAUCUCGAAUCGAAUAAGUCUCCAGAAGGCGUAAACUACCCAGAUUCUAAAGGUUCUGGGUUUGAAAAGAAGAUUAAGGAACUCGUCUCUUUGUUCAGAUCCUUACUCGAAUCAUUCCUCGACGAGUUUUGUUCAUCGGAAAGUUUCCGACCUCUUCCUCCGAUGACCGGGGACGGUAGACCUGUUUAUUUGUUCAACCUUUUUCUCAACGUUAGUCAUAGAGGAGGUUUCGAUGCUGUUUCUGAGAAUGGGUCUUGGGAUGAAGUUGCGCAAGAGUCUGGAUUAGGGUUUAAUAACUCAGCAUCUGCGAAAUUGAUCUAUGUUAAGUAUCUUGAUGCACUUGCUAGAUGGUUGAACAGAGUUAUUGCAGGUGAUAACGAUGGUACUAGUGUGGAGUUGUCUGGAAUCUCUGAUGAUUUGAAGGAUAGGCUUAAAGAUUUUCUAUCUGAAGUGAAAAGGAAAUAUGAGCUUAGGAAAGGUAAAGCUUCAAAGGAGGAGUUAGGAGCAGAGCUUAAAUGGUUUAUAACAAAGAUGAAGAGAAGAUAUGAUAAGUAUCAGAUUGGUAAAGAGUCUAUGUCUACUGAUGCUGUGAAAGCGAUUCAGGGAUCGAAAAUGAUUGAUAAGAAACUGUUGAUCGUUGAUUCGGGUUACCAGGAUUGCUCUUCGGUGUCUUCGCCUGGAAAGAGAAAACGGGAAUGUCCUUUAGAGACAUUGAAAUGGUUAAGCAAUGUUGCUAAGGAUCCAUUUGACACAUCUAUUGGUUCUUUGCCGGAUAGAUCAAAGUGGGAAUCCUAUGGAAGUGAAGAGCCAUGGAGACAACUUCUUCUGUUUAGGGCCUCGAGAAUAAAAACUGAUUCAGCUACUGAAAAGAUCUGGCAGAAACUCCAGAGGAUGCACCCAUCCUUGUAUGAUGAUAGUGGUGGACCUAGUUACAAUCUAAGAGAGAGACUGAGUUUUGAUGCUAGUCAGAGUAAUGAGAAGAAACCUGGGAAAGGCAAGACAUCUUCUGGGAAUGGCUCAGGUUCAGACAGUUCAGAUGAGGAGGAUAGACCGUGUCCUCUGAUUGGGUCAGAGUUUCAAGCUGAAGUACCCGAGUGGACUGACAUAAACUCUGAAAGCGAUACAAAGUGGUUGGGCACUCGAAUCUGGCCACUGAGCAAUGAACAAAACAAGAAAAAUCUUCUUAUUGAAAGAGAUCCUAUUGGAAAAGGACGACAAGAUCCUUGUGGCUGCCAAAAUCCAGGUUCUGUUGAAUGUGUUAGAUUUCAUAUCGCUACAAAACAAGAGAAACUGAAACUUGAACUUGGUCCAGCUUUCUACAUGUGGUGUUUCGAUAUUAUGGGUGAAGGUGUUCUGCAGUAUUGGACAGACUUAGAACUGAAGAAGGUGAAGUCUUUGAUGACUUCUCCACCUACACUAAGCCCAUCUUUCUUCGAUCAGAUCAAGAGGAUACUAACUUCAAAGAGCAGAGGAAAGAUUGUGAGCUACUUCUACAACGUGACCCUUCUGCAGUUCAGAGCAAAUCAGAGUAGAACCACUCCUCAUGAGAUAGACAGUGAUACUGAUCAACUCUACAACAUUGCAACAGAGAAUGAAGAUCCAUCCCCAGAAGCAAACACAUCUCAGAAACCCGUCCUGCUUUCGCCUAAGAAGAAAAGACGUCGAUAG